CGUGCUAUCCUGUGUGAGGGAACGUGUGCCAAACGCUCGCGGGAUACCUGUGCCCGUCUAGCCAAGAGUGUACCCGUGUGCGCGAGCGGGCUUCCGGGACGCUGCAGUGGUCGGGGGCGGCCCUGCGAGGGGCGGGGGUCACCGGGACUGGCCGGCGCCGGCCCCGUGCGCACGGAGGCGGGGGCGGGGGGCGGGGGCCGCGGGGGGGAGGCGGUACGAAAAGGGCGGCGCGCGCGGCGGCGGCGGCAGCUCCCCGGCAGCGGCGGUGGAGAGCGCAGCGCGCAGCCCGGUGCAGCCCUGGCUUUCCCCUCGCUGCGCGCCCGCGCCCCCUUUCGCGUCCGCAACCAGAAGCCCAGUGCGGCGCCAGGAGCCGGACCCGCGCCCGCACCGCUCCCGGGACCGCGACCUCGGCCGCCCAGAGAUGACCGCGACCGAAGCCCUCCUGCGCGUCCUCUUGCUCCUGCUGGCUUUCGGCCACAGCACCUAUGGGGCUGAAUGCUUCCCGGCCUGCAACCCCCAAAAUGGAUUCUGCGAGGAUGACAAUGUUUGCAGGUGCCAGCCUGGCUGGCAGGGUCCCCUGUGUGACCAGUGCGUGACCUCUCCUGGCUGCCUUCACGGACUCUGUGAAGAACCCGGGCAGUGCAUUUGCACCGAUGGCUGGGACGGGGAACUCUGUGAUACAGAUGUUCGGGCCUGCUCCUCGACCCCCUGUGCCAACAACGGGACCUGCGUGAGCCUGGACGAUGGCCUCUAUGAAUGCUCCUGUGCCCCCGGGUACUCGGGAAAGGACUGCCAGAAAAAGGACGGGCCCUGUGUGAUCAAUGGCUCCCCCUGCCAGCACGGAGGCACCUGCGUGGACGAUGAGGGCCGGGCCUCCCAUGCCUCCUGCCUGUGCCCCCCUGGCUUCUCAGGCAAUUUCUGCGAGAUCGUGGCCAACAGCUGCACCCCCAACCCAUGCGAGAACGACGGCGUCUGCACCGACAUCGGGGGCGAUUUCCGCUGCCGGUGCCCAGCCGGCUUCAUCGACAAGACCUGCAGCCGCCCGGUGACCAACUGCGCCAGCAGCCCGUGCCAGAAUGGGGGCACCUGCCUGCAGCACACCCAGGGCCAGGCCAUCUGCUUCACCAUCCUGGGCGUGCUCACCAGCCUGGUGGUGCUGGGUACCGUGGGUAUCAUCUUCCUCAACAAGUGUGAGGCCUGGGUGUCCAGCCUGCGCCACAACCACAUGCUGCGGAAGAAGAAGAACCUGCUGCUUCAGUACAACAGCGGGGAGGACCUGGCCGUCAACAUCAUCUUCCCCGAGAAGAUCGACAUGACCACCUUCAGCAAGGAGGCGGGCGACGAAGAGAUCUAGGCAGCGUUCCCACAGCCCCCCCUAGAUUCCUGGAGUUCCGCAGAGCUUACUGUAUGCGGUCUGUCCUAAUCUUUGUGGUGUUCGCUAUCUCUUGUGUCAAAUCUGGUGAACGCUACGCUUACAUAUAUUGUCUUUGUGUGGCUGUGUGACAAACGCAAUGCUAAAACAAUCCUCUUUCUCUCUCUUAAUGCAUGAUACAGAAUAAUAAUAAGAAUUUCAUCUUUAAAUGAUUAAGAGAAAUAAGUAUGUUAUUCUAAACUCUAAACUCAAAUGAAAUUUCAAAAAAGACCAAAAAAAAACAAGGCAACAGAACCAGGGCUCAGUGCCGACGCCCCUCCCCUGGGGGUCUCGGCCACAGGGUCCUCGUGAAACCGUUACGAGUGUUGCACAUGACCACCCACUGUGCAAAAAGCUACGAUUGUUUUCGUUCGUUAAUUCUCACACACCACAUCCGACUCGCACUCACAUCCAGCUCAACAUCGCUACCUGUAGAUCUUUCCGAUUGAUUUGAGAUUUAGCGGAGUGCAGCGGCUGUGUGUCAGUCAGAGAGAGCCCCGGGUUGGCUGCUGGGGGGCCGGGCCUCUGUCCCAGCCCUGCCACUAACUCGCUGUGUGAUCCUUGGCGAGUCCCUAUCCCAAUCCUGGGCCCACUUUCUCACCCCUCUCGAGGGAGGGGUUUGAACACCGACCAUCACGGUCCUCUCUGGCUCUAAAACUCUGAAUUAGGAACGAGGGGGUAUGAACCAAAACACUUCCUGACCCCAACAAUUAGGAUCUGAUGAAGACUAAGUCUCAUCCUGGGAUCUGAAAGGUUUUGGCCUAUCCUGGAUGAACGCUUGAUGUUGAAAUUUAUCCUAACUGCGUUUCUCAAAGUGGGGAGCCUCCUGGCCCACUUCCCUUUUGGGAAAAAAUAGCCCCUUUGAGUCAUAAUGUGCCAUGUGGAGUUGCCACUUAGGCAGCCAGCCCUCCCCCACCCCUCCUUGCCCACCCAGAACCCAACACUAUGCUUCCGUCUACCCUAUAGAGACAUCCCUUGAGACUUGAAUGUACUUUGAGCCGCAAGUGCCCCUGGCAGAAUCUGAGCAGCAACACAGCCCUCACCAAGGUUUUCACAGGGAUUAGUGGAAAUUGUCACUUGUGGGGCGCUUACUAGUUUUGUGGCAAAUGUGGUCCAAGACCUGGCCCACACAGCCAUGGGUUUACAUUUGUGUUGCUGAGUUAAUAAUCCUCAGAUCUUAAAAGACCUAGCCAGCUUCUGAAUUUUGAAUUUGACUUUUUUUUUUUAACAAAGAGCAUCUAUCUUUUUUGCAAAAAUAGAAAGAAAUGGGACAGAGCUCUGUUUAGCUUUUCAGCUUUUGGGGUUGGACAGCUAAGCAGCCCUUGGGUACCAGAUAGGAAUAUUUUGCUUCUUAGACUAUUUGGAUAGGAAUCUAUGCUCUUAGCUUUAUCGCGCGUUGCUGCCGUGUUUACCUGGCUCCAGGUGUUUAUUUCUACGUCAUCAUCACCUUCGUCAUCUACAGUCACUCACAUCAGUCACCACACACAACUCACAGUCACCCAUCCAUUGGUCACCUGCGCCAUCGUCAUGACACAAUAUCGACCUCAUCACCUCAUCGUCCUCCAGCCACCACCCAAGCCCCCUCAUCCUGACUCAAAGCCCGACCAGCAUCUGCCCAAACUCCCAACACCCCACUCUCCCCACCAAGCCAUUGGUCUCUUCACUCCCGGUCCUUUGUCAUCCUGAUUCCAAGCCCCGCCCUACCCUCACCACCUCCUCCGCAUCAUCUGCAGAGCCCCUCCUACCCGCCUCUGUCCCCACCAGGCCCCUCCCUACUGUCAGCCCUGAGUCCCACAGCAUGCAUCCCCAGCCCCUCCCAGCCUCGCCCCUAAAACCCUGUCACCCCCCGACCACCAUCAUCACUGCCAAGCCCCUUCCCCUUCUCCAGCUCCUGUCCCCACCACCCCUCCCGACUCCCAUCCUUCCCCUCCUGUUAGCCCACCCCUCCUUUCCUGUCACCCCCACCUUUCCCCUCCCGUUCUCCCCGCCCUUCCCCUCUGAUCCCACCACCCUUCCCCUCCGAUCCUCGUCAUCCUUCCCCUCUGAUCCCCCACCUUUCCCCUCCUGUCCCCCCCAGCCCUCCCUUCCUAUCACCCUCACCCUUCCCCACCCAUUCUCCUCACCCUUCCCUUCCUGUCCCCACCAGCCCUCCCUUCCUAUCACCCCCACCCUUCCCCUCCCUUCCCUCACCCCAAACCCCUGGGUCCUCCACCCCAAUCUCUGACAACCGCCCCAAGUCCCUCUUCCUCCCCCACAAAGUCAUUCAUAAGUCACCAUCUCAUCUCAUUUUGAGUUUGUUUUAAGAAAUAAAAAAAUUAAAAAGACAAAAAAAAAGAAUUGUUGGCAUGUGUCAGGCGGGCGUCUGGUACCCCGCCUGGCCUCUCUCAGCGUGAGACCUGGACUGAGUCUGCUAACGAUUCUGUUCCUCAUUUUCCCCAAAUAGAAAAUUCUAAGAUUGGUGAGACGAUCAAAUUAUCUAUGUUUUCGAUCUUGAUGCUGUAGAGAACAGCCAUGUUCCCCUGAUAACAAGAAAAAGACGUCCCACGGUCGGUCGAGGUGUCCUUGACCAACUCCCCAUCCAUUCAUUUGUUCACCGUCCGCAACUCAUCUAUCUGAUCAGGAAGCAUUUCCAGGCACCUGCGGAGCACUAGGCAGUGUGCGGGAGCUGCAGGGCAGGCAGGAUGAGGGGGCAAUCUGGAGGGGGGUGGACACACAGCUGUCCCCAGGGAGCCCAGCGCAGUGCCGGUCACAUGCCGUGGGAAUGGAGGGUCCUGAGCAGACGCCUCCCGUGGAGAAGAGCCACCAUCUCACCUUCCCACGCAACAAAUUAGCUAUUACCAGCACGCGAUGAGGCCGUCCCUCCCAAAUUCCACAGUGCCCACCACUCGCACUCCCCCCUCCCCGUGCCACAGGAGCAGAGUCAGCAGCCUCGCCACGGUUUUCACGUCAUGCAGAAAUGGUCAUUGCAUGUUCUAUGGCCACCAGAUUCUGCUGAGAGUGUCGGGAUCCUUGACUGCCCAGCCACACCUUGUGUGUGUCUGGUGUAGUGUGUAGUUUACGAAACAAACGGAAAAGCUCAAAGACAGCGAUCCAAGACAUGAUCAGCAAUUCGGUCCCAAAUUAGGAGAGGAGGAAGAGGAGUAUCAAUUUUGUCACCAAAAUGUUAAAAAAAAAAAUGUCCUUGGCGCUCUUUUUAGCUUUCCCGUUUACUGCCGGUCCAGACAUGCAAAAAAACCUUGUUUAUUGAAAAAUAAACAACAAGGGCUA